GAAGUAUGCGCUGAAGAUGUCACCCAGUAAGGUGAUGAAAGCUUCGCAAACUAACUAUCCAGCUCAGAGAACAAAACCACAUCAAAAUUAUCCACCUGAGCUACAAAUCUUCUCUAUCAUAUCUAAAUCUUACGAGCGGGAUACGCUUCUCUCUGUUCGAAAGUGGGAAGACUUCGCCAAAAGGCAAGGAUCCACCAGAGAACAAUUAUUCUUUCUCCAUGAGUGCCUUCGUCAUUCAAUCCUACCAAACAGUGUAAGAUACAAGCCACCAGUCAACUGCCCAAUGGGAUGGAAAUUGGCCGAACAAUGUGGAAGACGAAUGGUCAAAUUAAUGAUUACGGACGCACAUUAUCGGAUCAACAAAUAUCAACAAAUAAUAGAUGUCCAAAAAGCAAAAUUAGAGAAAACCCUCAACCAAGAACACCUGUCAACGCUGAUCACCGCAAUUUCACUGUCAAGUGGAAAACACAGAGAACAAAGACGAAGAGUCCUCAAAACCAAGCUAGCCAAGAUUAGAAAACAACAACCAGACAAUACGCCCAUAGACUGCGUAGUCAACCUAUCAAAACAACCACUAUCAAAAAUGGAACAACAACUACUACAAAAAGGAUUAAACUACAACACCGGAGAUGCUUCAAAAACUGAUUUCUUCGCUGCCCUUGAAUCAUUACUCAAAUCAUCAAACUUGAACGAGGAAACACAGGAAGAGAUACGCCAAACAAUUGUACCAAUGGUCAAACAGAAAAGACAACACACACAACUCAACUCUCAAGAACUAAAGGCCCUCAAAAAGCUGAAAAAUAGGAAGGACAUCGUCAUUUUACCAGCCGACAAAGGAAGAACAACAGUAGUCAUGGACAGAGAAGAAUACACCAAGAAAGCUGAAGAACUACUCAAAGAUGAAGAUGUAUAUCAACAACUCCCAACAAAUCCCAUACAAACAUUGGACAACCGCAUCCAAAGGACCUUAAACAAGCUCAGCAAAACUGGACAGAUCACAAAACAAGACCAAUGGCGAAUGAAAUCCAAUGGACCAGUCCUACCUCGAUUCUACGGCAGACCCAAAAUACACAAGGCAAAUAUCCCGUUACGACCAAUUGUAUCACUCCCAGGAACUCCAACAUAUAAUUUGUCCAAGGAAUUAUACAGAAAACUAAAACACCUAACGGAAUCCUGUGAUCACUCCAUCAACUCUGCUAUCCAAUUCCUAGAGAAAAUCAGAGACAUCCAAAUAGAUGAACAAGAAAUAAUGGUAUCCUUCGACGUGACAGCAUUAUAUACCUCUAUCGGACAAAAACUAGCAAAAGAAACCAUGGAGCAAUUACUUAGCAACGACGAACAACUUCCACAACAAUCAAAAAUGCAACACACAAGCUGGAUGGAAUGCAUAAAUCUAUGCCUAACAACAUACUUCCAAUUCAACGGCCAAAUAUAUGAACAAGUCAAAGGAACACCCAUGGGAUCGCCAAUAUCAGGUUUGAUUGCAGAAGCAGUGAUGCAAAGACUCGAAAACAUAAUUCUACCAAAGAUCAAACCCAAGAUUUGGAUACGCUACGUCGACGACACAUUUGUAAUAAUCAAAAGAAACGAAUUAGACAAAACUCACAACUUAAUAAACAACGUCUUCAACGACAUCAAAUUCACAAGAGAAGAGGAAUCCGAGAACAAAAUACCAUUUUUGGACGUCUUAGUCAGGCGAACAACUACAGGAGAAUUAGAAACUCAAGUUUAUAGGAAAUCAACUCACACAGACCAAAUACUGAAUUACAACAGCAACAACCCAAUAGCACACAAAAGGAACUGCAUACAAACACUAUUCAAGAGAGCAAGGACUCACUGCAGCACUCCCACCUUAAGAAAAAUUGAAGAAAAGUAUCUCAUGGACGUCUUCCAAAAGAAUGGAUAUCCCCGGAAUUUCAUCAAGAGACAUAUACCCCCAAGCCAACCUACCAAAACAAAAGCCACCAAGGAAAACACAAAGAAAAUCGCCUUACCAUAUAUAAAGGAUAUCUCAGAAAUCACUAAAAGACUCUUCAAACCUUUAGGAAUUGACGUCGUACACAAACCAACAAAGUCGCUGCACUCAAUUCUAUGUCAACCAAAAGACUCAACAGCAAAAGAAGACAAAACCAACAUCAUCUACAAAAUAAACUGUAACAACUGUGAAAAACACUACAUUGGCCAAAGUGGACGUCCCCUUCGUCUUCGUAUCCACGAACAUAAGCUAGCCGUCAAAAGACAUGAUAUACACUCCCUCAUUUCACUACACACAGACAACCACGGACAUCAAUUCGACUGGGACAACGUUCAAAUAUUAGACAAAGGAAAUAACAAGAAUGCUAGAGAAUUUUUAGAAGCUUGGCAUUCCAGUGAAUCAUCAAUCAAUAGACACAUCGAGAUAGACAAAAUUUAUCAACCAAUAAGAAAGAAACUUCACACACGAUUGGCCAAAGUUCAAGUCACAGAAACAAUCAGUUCCAACACAAGUAACCUAGAAGGUGUGAAAACAUACAUAAACAACCAAUCACGUCCAAGGUCACCAGGAGGAAUGAUUAAUAAACUCGUGGAGAAACCUAAAAGCUCACUUCAAUUUGAAGUAUGCGCUGAAGAUGUCACCCAGUAAGGUGAUGAAAGCUUCGCAAACUAACUAUCCAGCUCAGAGAACAAAACCACAUCAAAAUUAUCCACCUGAGCUACAAAUCUUCUCUAUCAUAUCUAAAUCUUACGAGCGGGAUACGCUUCUCUCUGUUCGAAAGUGGGAAGACUUCGCCAAAAGGCAAGGAUCCACCAGAGAACAAUUAUUCUUUCUCCAUGAGUGCCUUCGUCAUUCAAUCCUACCAAACAGUGUAAGAUACAAGCCACCAGUCAACUGCCCAAUGGGAUGGAAAUUGGCCGAACAAUGUGGAAGACGAAUGGUCAAAUUAAUGAUUACGGACGCACAUUAUCGGAUCAACAAAUAUCAACAAAUAAUAGAUGUCCAAAAAGCAAAAUUAGAGAAAACCCUCAACCAAGAACACCUGUCAACGCUGAUCACCGCAAUUUCACUGUCAAGUGGAAAACACAGAGAACAAAGACGAAGAGUCCUCAAAACCAAGCUAGCCAAGAUUAGAAAACAACAACCAGACAAUACGCCCAUAGACUGCGUAGUCAACCUAUCAAAACAACCACUAUCAAAAAUGGAACAACAACUACUACAAAAAGGAUUAAACUACAACACCGGAGAUGCUUCAAAAACUGAUUUCUUCGCUGCCCUUGAAUCAUUACUCAAAUCAUCAAACUUGAACGAGGAAACACAGGAAGAGAUACGCCAAACAAUUGUACCAAUGGUCAAACAGAAAAGACAACACACACAACUCAACUCUCAAGAACUAAAGGCCCUCAAAAAGCUGAAAAAUAGGAAGGACAUCGUCAUUUUACCAGCCGACAAAGGAAGAACAACAGUAGUCAUGGACAGAGAAGAAUACACCAAGAAAGCUGAAGAACUACUCAAAGAUGAAGAUGUAUAUCAACAACUCCCAACAAAUCCCAUACAAACAUUGGACAACCGCAUCCAAAGGACCUUAAACAAGCUCAGCAAAACUGGACAGAUCACAAAACAAGACCAAUGGCGAAUGAAAUCCAAUGGACCAGUCCUACCUCGAUUCUACGGCAGACCCAAAAUACACAAGGCAAAUAUCCCGUUACGACCAAUUGUAUCACUCCCAGGAACUCCAACAUAUAAUUUGUCCAAGGAAUUAUACAGAAAACUAAAACACCUAACGGAAUCCUGUGAUCACUCCAUCAACUCUGCUAUCCAAUUCCUAGAGAAAAUCAGAGACAUCCAAAUAGAUGAACAAGAAAUAAUGGUAUCCUUCGACGUGACAGCAUUAUAUACCUCUAUCGGACAAAAACUAGCAAAAGAAACCAUGGAGCAAUUACUUAGCAACGACGAACAACUUCCACAACAAUCAAAAAUGCAACACACAAGCUGGAUGGAAUGCAUAAAUCUAUGCCUAACAACAUACUUCCAAUUCAACGGCCAAAUAUAUGAACAAGUCAAAGGAACACCCAUGGGAUCGCCAAUAUCAGGUUUGAUUGCAGAAGCAGUGAUGCAAAGACUCGAAAACAUAAUUCUACCAAAGAUCAAACCCAAGAUUUGGAUACGCUACGUCGACGACACAUUUGUAAUAAUC